AAAAAAGUUCUCUUAGCUCCACGUGCUCUAGCUCAAAGGAUGAGCCUCAAAUUUCGCCGCUGAGGUUGCCAGAUUUGCCCCUGCCCACUCCUCCGCCUAUGGCGAACAUUAUAAUGACGUCACGCAUAGGGUAUAGGAGGAUUUUGAGUGGAAGAGGUAUGGAGUACAAGUCUCCGAUUUUGGGAGUGAGGAGUCAGUCUAUGGAGCUGAAUGCUGACAGGAAGAGGGAGAGUUAUGGGUAUUUUGACGGGAGACGGCAGAAUAGUAGGGGUUUUCUGGAUAGGCAACAAUUUGGAGCAUCUUUGACAGAUCAAGUUGGACUAUCGCCUCUCCCUAGACACCGUAACUUCGAAAACACUACAGAAGACCUAGAUUACCCUUUACAUCCACACUUAUACCCUCCAAACACUCUAAAAAGUGUCCAUAAUGAGUGUAAUAGUAAAUACAUCUCAAGAGACUCAGUUUUAUCCAAUGAAUUGGAAGAAGUGACUGUUUUAAACAGAGAACUACAGAAGAAAUAUGAGGAUAACAUUAGUAAUUGUGAAACUAGUCCUGAGUAUCAUAGUGUUCUUUCAAACGAACACUACAUCAGUGAUAUCGACGAGAAUGAGGAAAUCAAGGAGUUUAUUUGCGGAUACAAAUCACUGGAGAGAAGAUACUCUGACCAAUCAGAACACCAAGCCAAACAAACUGAAACGUCCUGUAUAUCGCGGUCGUGUCAACGUAGCGCGACGUUGCCGACUCGUGCGUGUAGUAGUAGUGUCUCUUCCAUGAAAUCUAGUGACUAUUAUUGUUAUAAUGUUUCAUCUGGUGCCAAUAGACGGACUGUGGAGUUUUCCGUGAUUAAAAGUCCCCAAAGAACUAUAGUGAAGUUAGCUAAAAUCAGAUCUGUACACAGGACCCACGACAUGUCGGUACCACCCUUACACGGUCUCCCACCCUUAUCGCCCCCUCUGGGUGCUAAACUACCCCCGGACAACCCUCCAGGAGACCGGUUUCUAGGUAAAGGAUCCCCUUUUGGAGCUGUGGACCCCCAGAGGCACUCCCAAAGCGAUGACGACAGCGGUUGUGCCUUGGAGGAGUAUACCUGGGUACCACCCGGUCUCCGGCCUGAUCAGGUUCAUUUGUACUUCAGCGCUCUUCCGGAAGACAAAGUACCCUAUGUAAACAGCGUAGGGGAAAGGUACAGAGUUAGGCAACUUCUGCAACAAUUACCUCCUCAUGAUAACGAAGUACGGUACUGCCAUGCUCUGAGCGACGAAGAAAGGAAAGAACUGAGGCUGUUCAGUGCUCAGAGGAAACGAGAAGCUUUAGGAAGAGGUUCAGUGCGACAAGUACCAGGAAUACUACGAUGCGAUAGUUGUUCUGAGACUCUGUCUCCCAACGACAUCGGAGUAUACGCUUCAAGGGCUGGGCCAAACACCGUGUGGCAUCCUUCCUGUUUCACUUGUUGCGUUUGUAGAGAGCUCCUGGUAGACCUCAUCUACUUCUACAAAGAACAGCGACUCUACUGCGGUAGACACCACGCGGAAACAGUCAAACCUCGAUGCAGUGCUUGUGACGAGAUCAUCCUUGCGGACGAAUGCACUGAAGCCGAAGGUCGAGCAUGGCACAUGAAGCAUUUCGCUUGUUCAGAGUGCGAAAGACAGCUAGGUGGACAAAGGUACAUAAUGCGGGACGGGAGGCCAUAUUGUCUUCAUUGUUUUGAUGCCCUUUUUGCCGAAUACUGUGAUAGUUGCGGAGAACCUGUAGGUGUGGACCAAGGGCAGAUGAGUCACGAAGGACAGCACUGGCACGCUACUGAAGGGUGUUUUUGUUGCCAUACUUGCAGGGUAUCUUUGUUGGGUAGGCCCUUUUUGCCUAGGAGAGGGGCGAUAUACUGUUCGAUAGCUUGCAGCAAGGGGGAACCGCCUACACCAUCCGAUAGCAGCGGACCAGGAACUAGGUUACCACGACCUAUCAAAUCAUCGAAGAACUCCAACCUCCACGACCAAGCAGCUUCCCCAAGCGAAGCAAGCUCACCUCCAGGUUCUCCAUCGACCCGUCGCACUCACCAGACUCGAUCCCCUGUCACCAGCUGCCCUUCGAGCCCUUUGGGGCCACUGUACCCCCCAGCGACAUCCACUGGGACAGUUACAACUCUCCAUCAUGUAUCCUCACCGAUCAGGUCGCCGAAAAUGGGGAGGAGAGCGUUGCAGAGGAGCCCUAAACCCGGGGGAUCUUCUGCCAGUACCCCUACGCCUUCUGAAAGUGGAGAGAGGGAGUUGGAGAUGGAAAAUAGGCUGGAGGAUAAGCCUGCGCUGUUGGAAAAGGGUUUGGAUAGGGUUUUGUUAGAGAGGAACUUGGAUAGGUUGCUGGCAGAACGGACCGGUACAACCACGCACCAUUCGCCUGACUUGGAGAAGCUUCUAUGUGCCAGGGAUAGGAGUAGGGAACCGCUGCAUCUUGCCGAUCUUUCUUUGGAGGAAUGGACCGAUCAGCUGGCAAUUGGGAAUGAAGAGAAGAAAGAAAAUAACAUAAAAAACCUCGAAACAGCAUACAGUAUGCCUGAACUAGCGUUACCACCAUCCAGCGAGAGUACUUGUGGUACUUCGACAACUCCAGGUUCGCCGACCAAAAAGGUUCGUGGACUGCUCAGCGUGAGGUUUCAAGGCGACAACGAAGCUUUUGAAGCUGACGAAGCUGACAACGCAAGCAUGGCAGCCGCUUCCAAAAAAUUUCCAAGAAGUCGAAGCUACAGCGGAGGUAGGGAAAGAAAACAUGUGGAUACUCUUCAAAGAAGAAGCAGAGUGCCGAGGAAGUCACAUAAAACGCAGUCAGAAGCACAUGCUCCUUCCAGUUCUAGAAACAGAGACGAUGAUUCGGACAGCUACUGUUCCACGUGUUCUUCUAGCUCUUCUAGUGAUGACCUAGACUACCAGUUACCUCCAAGAAGGGCUUACGGGGGUGUGAGGAUAUCCUACGUGCCCAACGAUGCCCUGGCUAUAGCUAGAAGACGACAGCAAACCACACCUACCAAAAAAUCAACCAUUCAAGAUGAAAGAGACAAGAAUUGUAUAAUAUCCUGAUACAAAAUAUCCUUGUUUUAGUGAUUUUAACACUCACGAAUUGAGUUCCUUUAGGCCUAGAUUCGAAUUCAACCAUAUUUUAACAUGAUAAAACAUGAAAAUGUACCUAGUAGUUGACUAUAUCUACUGGUUGAGAAAUAAAUAAGUUGGAUCACUAGAACUUCAAAA